AUGGGCGUACAUACACUCGUCAACGCCGCAGUCGCGUCGUGGGUGGGUUCUUCAAGAUCCAGGAGGAGUGUGCCUCCCGAUUCUGACCUGUUAGUGGGAAUCCGAACGGAAGACGAUGAAUCCAGCCGCAGACCGCUCUUGACCAUGACGCUACCGUCGCAGCAGUCGUUUGGUCCUGCAUCGCCGGUGCAGGCGUAUGGAGCGACGUCCGGAGGAUCGUCGAGUGCUCGGAGCAGCCCCGAGAUGAACAGGCGUAAUGGAUGGCUGGGUAGGGUGCCCGAGGAGGGCGGUCUGGUGGAAGAAGAUGAUGAAGAGGACUCGGAGGAAGUUGAGUGGGAUCUGGAGGAGCGCGGAUUCUACGGUGGUUCCUACAAGAGGACGGUCGCGUUGUAUUGCAUCGUUCCUAUCACUUCACUGUUGACUUUUAUCUUGUUUGCAAUAUUACCCCUUCUCAUAUGGCCGACCGAUUACCGGGCACCCUCCUCCUAUCCAAGAUAUUUCCCGUCGCCUCUUCCAGAGCUGCUAGUGUCUGGUUCUCUCUGGUCGCUCUCCCAUCUCAUCCGUGUACCGUUGUACAGCCUUACCACUUCGCUACUUCCUUGGCCCAUCACAGGAACAGUGCUAUUCCAUGUCAUCUACGUCUUCCUCAAUCAGCUCCUCCAUUUGUCCGCUUUACCCAUUCUGCGCAUUCGCCACCAGAUGAUCUUUCCCUUACCCACAUUUCAAGACCCAGCGUUCCACCGCGUGUGGUGGAUUUCGCUGGGAUGGGCGGCUGUCGAGGUCGCCGUGGGCAUAGCGCAGGGUUACGAGCAGAUCGCCAUGUAUAAGGAGGUGAUGGUGCCCGAGGACGAGGUUCGGGCGUUGCUCACGGACUGGCGGAAUGGCAACACCGGCGGGGAGAGUGUGACACAACACCAGGUCGAGUCGCCUGAGGAGAUUUUACCGUUGAGCCCGUGUCCUGGGCAGGUGCAGGAUAGUGCAGGGGCCGCCGUGGAUAAUGUGCGAGACGGGGUAAAUGGUCGGAAGAAGAGAACCAAUCAGCUCGAGGAUGCUAUCCGAUCUGUGAUUGACAACGACAUGGAGCAGCUCGUGCACCUCAAAGAGCGCGAAGAGCUGGAGGAGCUCUAUGGAAUCCCAGUUGUUAGAAUUCCUGUGUUCAUCUCCUGCCUGCUACGGAUCGACUCUUUCGUGCUCUCUCUCGGGCUUACUCUCAUACUCGCUGCAUCCUACCUUCGCUCGUCUCUAUCCUUCCCAAAAGAGCCCUUACCACCUAUCUACACCAAUAACGCAUUCUUCGUCACUUUCCCGGUUGUUGUGUUGAUCUACCUCUUCCUCGCAUUGAUCCAUACCCCUCCUGUCCUGCCCCGUAUUGGUGUGCAUAGUACUGCUUACAUUGGCCUCCUGCUGGGUCUCGGUAGCGUGUUUGCCGGACUUGGUCUCUGGGGUGCACUUUCAUAG